AUGAAAUCGCAAGACAUUCAAAAUUUAGUAACUGACUUCCAACUAGAGAAACGAAAAAGUUUUUUUGCUAUUCACUUGCUACCUCUGAUAUUUCGAUGUCUAAAAAUGACAGAAGUAAAGUUAAUUGAUCAACAAAUUAGAAAUCUAUAUUAUUGUAGCUGAUCGAACUGCUGUUGCUCAACGAUAG